GCAACAUUGGACUACGGAAGACCAAAAGCCCCAAUCCCUCUCAAGCUUCAAGAAUGUCAACCAUCACGUCUGAUCCUGUAAUGGAGCCAUGCAACAAAGACUCUAAAGAGAGUGAUGGUUCCACAAAAGAUGUUCGUAUGAAGAACUCACUGCAUGCGACGAUUUCAAACCCACACGCAUUUGAUUGUUGCGUUUGUCUUCAUCUCUUGACCAUUCCCGUUUUUCAGUGUGAUAAUGGUCAUAUUGUCUGCUCAACUUGCUGUGAUAAACUCGGGAACAAGUGUGACAAGUGCUCGAAACAAAUUAGCUUAAAACGUUGUAGAGAAUUUGAGGAUCUAUUGCAAUCUACCAAGAUGUCAUGCCCGAAUGAAAAAUACGGUUGCAGGGAGACAAUUAGUUACACUGGAAAGAGAAAGCAUGGAGAAGAAUGCAUCUAUGUGCCAUGUUAUUGUCCUCUUUCAGGUUGUGAUUUGGUUGCCUCAUUAGAAGUGUUGUACAACCAUUUCAACCGUGAACACUGCGAUUCUCUAAUCGAAUUUUCUUAUGGCCACCCCUUAGUUGUCUCCUUGAAGUCUAAUGAUGAAACUGUGGUUCUCCAAGAGGAAAAUGAUGGCAGACUAUUUACUCUCAAUAAUAGUCCUAUCAUGAGUAUGGGAAAUGCAGUCAAUAUCACUUGCAUUGAUCCUAAAUAUUCUACUGAGGCUGGAUAUAGUUAUGACAUAUUGGCUAAGUCUAAGUUUCGCAGUCUGAAGCUACAUUCUUUUCCGAAGAAUGUCCAUAAAGCUACUUUGGCAAUUGAUUCAUCUGAGUUCCUCGUGAUUCCAAACAGUUAUUUCAGUUCUUCCGAUCCUCUCAAACUAGAAAUUUGCAUAACCCCCAAGAUGAAAAUAUUCGUCGAGACCUUGUCUGGAAAGGUGAUCACUCUGAUGGUUGAGAGUUCUGAUGCGAUAGCCAAUGUGAAGGAGAGGAUUCUUGACAAGGAAGGCUUCCCAGUGAACAAGCAACGUUUGCACUUUGACAAUCAGCAACUCGAUGACAGCCAGACCCUUGUCAAUUACAACAUCAAAGAGAUGUCAAUCCUUCACCUCACCCUCUGCCUCCCCUAGAAGUUGUGAUCAGACAUUAUACUUUUGCACCUCAUGUUUAACGAUCUGACUUGUGAUUUUUUGUGCUUAUUUUGCUUGAGCUGGGUGUAAUGAUCUUUUGCUGGGUGUGAUUUUUUGUAACUGAAGAAACAAACUUUAGUUUAACAUUAGCUGAAAUUGUAGUCUAUUCCUCUUGCAAAGAGAGAUGUAAUGACUCUUGUAGUACAGUCUUUUUGAAGCUUAAUACAGCGCACCGAAGUAUCCUGAUGAUUUGAAUCCA